UUGUUGGACAAGUUUGGCUUUGUGUGUAAAUUCUUUCAGUACAAAGAUCUGUCGUGAUUGUCCCAGAUCAACUGUACUUUACAGCCAAUGUGUAAUCAUAUUUGAUCAAAGAUAAACAUUUCUAUGUGUUUUUUUGUGUGUAGUGAUAUCGUUUCGCGUAAUCUGGUGACCGUUAACUUUGUGUGCGUUAGGACGAGAGGCAUUUUUGCCGUUAAGAUCACAUUAUUUCCUCUGACAAACUGUUAGAAAAAAAACGAGAUAACAACUACAUAGAGUUUUAAAAAUUUUGUGUAUUUUAAACUGGCAGAACAGUUUAAAAUAGUUGGUCAAUCGAAAAGUAAAAUGGAGGACAAACAAACAAAUGAAUUUUGCUAUAUACAUAACCGAGUGACAUGCGUGUGAAUUUUGUUAUAUACAUUCAAGCAAACAAAAAGGAAUUUUGCUAUAUACAUACAAGCAAACAAAAAGGAAUUUUUCUAUAUACAUAACCAAAUGAUCGUACAAACCAGAAUUGGUCAUGGUACAGAUUUCACUGUGCUGGAGAACUCUCUGCGAGUUGUUUAAUCACCAUAAUGCUUCGGGGCGAAAAUGUCGGCACGUCAAAAGUCGGUUACGGAUAAGCACUUUUAUCGUAGAUAAGUGCUAUAUCUGAUACCGCCAUUUUCCCUGCGUCCAAAUGGCCACGAAGACACCAAUGAAUGAAAAAAAAAUCAAAGCAUCGACAGAGAGUUCCACUAUGCUGAUGAACGGGAUGAGACCAAUUCUGGGCUGGUGGUAGAUUUCUGUACAGUUUUUGAUCGAAAACCAAAAGAUGCCAAACUGCAUCGACGUCUAAACUUGAGGGGCUUUUUGAGGACUUGGGGGAUGUAAAUGUGAGCAUCAGGGCCCAAAGCUGCACGCUGAGCUUUCCAAGCUGCCGAACGCCUCUUGUUGGUAUGGAUGUUACGUUUUUGCUUCCGUGUUAGUGUGGCAUACCAAACAGGGUCGACUACUCGUGGUUCAACUUGGCCAGCGGGAGCAUCCGGAGCAGGUCGAGCCUCCGGGACAGGUGGAGCAUCCGGGGCAGAUGGAGUAUCUGAAGCAACCACCUUGUUCUUCUUCUUGCGAUUUCGCUUCUUCUUCUUCUCAGUUCCAGAAACAACUUCAGAAGGAACAGGGGCCUCAGCAGCCGAAGCUACAACGGGAGGUACCACUUCACCAUCAUCAGCGGCUUCAACAACCUCUGCGGCAACAGGAAGGUGUUCAAUCACCUGUGCAGCAUCGACAACUUCCUCAACGGCCUCAGCGAUGACAACAUCUACGUCGACGACCGGAGCAACUUCAACAAGUUCUGCAACAGCAGCAACUUCACCUACUUCGUCUGGACGGACAAGUGCGGCCUCAACAGACAAAGCGGCUUCAACAACCUCUGCAGCGACAGGGAGGUCUUCAAUCACCUGUGCAGCAUCAACAACUUCCUCAACGGCCUCUGCGACAACGACGUCUACUUCAACGGCCGGAGCAACAACUUCAACAAGUUCUGCAACAGCAGGAACUUCACCUACUUCGUCUCGACGGACAAGUGCGGCCUCAACAGGCAAAGCGGCUUCAACAACCUCUGCAGCGACAGGGAAGUCUUCAAUCACCUGUGCAGCAUCAACAACUUCCUCAACGGCCUCUGCGACAACGACGUCUACGUCAACGGCCGGAGCAACUUCGACAACUUCUGCAACAGCAGGAGCUUCACCAACUUCGUCUGGACGUACCAUUUCUGCAUCAACAGACAAAGCGGCUUCAGCAACCUCUGCAGCAGGGACUUCAACAGCCACAUCGACGUCGGCAACUUCCUCAACUGCGUCUCGAGAUGGAGUGGCUAGAACAGCCUCGGCAGCAGGAACUUCCACGACUUUAGGAGCCUCGUUGGAUGCAGGACUCUUACGGCUCAGCACAGGUCGAAACGGCUGGGCGUAGUGGCUUUUCGGAACAGGUUUGGCACGGAAAGGUAUAGCCAAUUCCUGGAUGGGAGAUGAUUUGAAGGACGUGGCACCGGUGGCAAUGGGCGAUUUCGUCGUCUUCAAUUUGGGGCACUGACUCUCCUGGAUCGGUUUGCCCGGGGCAGUUGCGGCAACAGCGGAUGGAAUUGCUGGCCUCCUGCAGUCAACCUUGGAUUGAACGUGCACAAACUGCUUCUUCGCACCUGGAAGCUUUCGAAUGGGCGAAUUCAUUUUCGGAACUUAGCAGGGGAAGUUUUCGAAUACUUGACGUGAUAGACUUGGUAAGAUUUGCAAAAUCUAGUUUGAACUUGAGAGUAUGUGAAACUCAGAAAGAACUGCGGAUGAAAAUUCGAGCCGAACGCGUUUCUUAAGUACGAUUUGGCCACGGUCGAUACCCAUUUUGAGUCGCCAUCCUCCCUUGAUUUCGCGUUUUUUAUUUCCAUUUGAUCGCGAACGCGCAAAUUUCUAUGUGAAAUUAGUUGUCAAAUGCAGUUACAAUUACUGUUCAAUCAUUUUUAAAGUCGUGUUAAUUGAGAAAAUAUAUUAUCUCCUUGUUUAAAGUGAGAGGGUAUUCAUGGCUGUGCUGUGGCUUGUCGCGUUCAAAUGAGCCAUUACGCGGAACAUUGUAUAUUGCUAUUACUCUUAUGGCAACGGUUUUUUUUUGUCGUCAAUGUUCCGCAUAGUGACUCAUUACGCAAAAUAUUAAAAUUCAAAACACUUAAGUAUCGAUAAUUAGUGCCCCGUCUUUUUAACCGUUUUUUGAAUACAAAAAUGCAAGUGUUUAAAUAUUUUAAUUGAAAUAAUGAAAUUAUAUUUUGAAAUAAUGGAAUUAUAUUUUCAUUAAGCCGGGACAGAAUUCAAUUGAGUUAAUAAUAGGAAAUGUCGAAAAACAUCAAAUUUGGCACACCUGUGGUGGGUAGGGGAAAGAGUGCGCCAUUUCAUCAAAGGAAUCAUUUUUGCUUUAAGCUGUAAAAAUGCCCGUAAGGUAAAUUUACAUGUCACUUGAUGUAAUCAUUUUGCCGUUGAGAUCACAUUUUUUCUCUG